AUACUCAAUAACCCCGUCACCCCAAUUCCAGAAUUCGAAAUGAUCUCGCUCAUCAUCACGACAACAAAAAGUCUUUGAAUCAACAAGGCAUCAAAUAAGCUUUUACGAGAAAAAGAGCACUCCAAAAACCAAGGUAACCACCCCAUCCCACAACUAACAAACCACUACUCCCAACCGCCAUCAGACAUCCCAAGGUAAACCUUAUCCAUCCCAAGAUAACCAUACCACCAAAAUGUGUCAAGGCCGCAUAAUCUCCCACUUCUGCCCCUCCGCCCUCGCCGGCGACCCCCGCUGCCCUGCUUACCGCCUCACCACCCUUAACGGCGGACGUAUCCCCGCCUGGUCCUAUUAUUUCGACUCAGCCACCGCUCACUGCUGCGGUCGACACUCUCCCCGCGUCGACUGUGGCGACUGUCCUUACAACACGUAUGGCCGACGUAGUGACGUUACCCGCUUAGGGCAGGAGGUGGUGUCGGUUUGUGUGAUUCAGGGAGAGAGUAUGUGCCCGGUUUGUACGAGACGGUUUGAGCGGGAGAGGAGGGAGGCUGGGGAGGAGACGGAGGGGUGGGCGGUGAGGGAGAUGUGGAGGGGGAAGGAGAGGAGGGAGAGGGAACGGUUGGAGAGGAUGGAGAGGGAGGAGAGGAUGGAGGAGGGGAGACUGGUUGGGGAGAUGGAGAGAUUGAGGGUUGAGGAUCGGUUUGGGAGUGUGGAGAAUGUGGAGGUUUUGAGGAGGGAGUUUGAGGGGAUGAGGUUUUGUUGAUGGGUGAGGUAAGUGGUUGUAGGACUGACCUCGUUU